UAAUUAAAACAAACUACAAACUACUGAUAUAAAAAAAACAAUGUUAACGUGUAGUAUUGAUUAAUAUACGAAGGUAUUUCCUUGAAUGUAUUUCUAUUUCAGUUUCUGGCCUGUUUAAUCUACGCUGAACAAAAUGUAGACUUUAUUAGACAAAAUGAAGUUUCUUGAGUUGAUGCAUAUGUGGUGUGUGUUUUUUCAAGGGCAUGGGGAUUUGAUGAAUAUGACGAAAGGCAAAUAUUUGGAUACAAUAAGUAACCUUUAUUUACUUUGCAAUGGCCAAAGACAAACCAGCAUGCAUGCUUCCUUCAAAUUUAACACAGUUUUCGUGCCAAAAGUCGAACAAAGAUUUGGUGUCGAUGCCAUAAUGCAAAAGCAGAAAGGCUAGCAUCAGCUAACCAUAGUUUAUCUACUUGUGAUGGUGUUGGAAUUAUCCAUAGAAUGUUCACGUAAGGAACGUGCUUCAACGGACGUUCGAUAGAUAACAUACAACUAUUGCUCAGAAUUAGGAUGUCUACUGGUCUUAACAUAAUAUUAUGUAGCUAUUUGAAAUAUGUGAUCUUGGUUUCAUAUGUUCAAUAUGUUAGUUUAUCACCACUUUCUCGAUACAGAUAAGUCCCUUGAUACGUACAGGGGCCACUAUGUAAUGACAGAAAGGUAUUAAAGGCUAUUUGCUUUAUCUAUCUCUUAAUGCAAUAUUGUACAUGAGAUAUGUUUGCCUGUAUUGCAAUUACAUGCACGCAUUACUGCAGCCAUUGUUGUCCACUUCCCCCGUCAGACUGAGAAGGAUUUGGGUGGUAUUCACUGGAACGUCUGGACUGCAGCAGUCAUUAGUCCAAUAUUCAUCGUGCUGUAAUUAACAGGUUCAAAAAUGUACUAUUUUGUACCGCGGGCUCCAAUCAUUUUCUUUGAAUGAUCGUAUCAAUGUUAUUAAAGUGUAUGUAAUCAUGUUUAUGUAGUUAACACAGCAGUUGAUUAGUGCUACAUUAGCUGAUCUGUAGAUCAUGUGUAUACAACUAAAAAAACCAAAAAAAAACAUUCGUCGCAUCUAAUAUUAUAAUACGAAUCUAAUAUUAUAACUAACUUGAACAGAGUAUAUAUAAAUUUCAUUUAUAUGAUAGAGUAUUUUGUGGAGCUGAGAUAUUUUUCAUUAUUUUGAUUGAAGGUGGGGGAGGGGGGAAUAUUCAAAGCGCUAUACAAUAUUUAAGCCACUACAUCCAUAAAUGAACCCCAUGGAUGUAUACUUUUCUCUUGAUACCAAUGAACCUAGGUCAGUUCUCUGGUACCGACUGACCUUUUAACCCAUCGACAGUUUCAACAGCAGGACUCAAACUUAACGAAAUAGCUACCGACGACGAUUUUGUCUCUGUCAACGCAAUUUAUAAAAAGUUACUUUUGCAGCCAAUAAACAUUUCAAAUGUACAACAUUACAAUGAGAAAUAAAACUCUAAAGAACUGCAACAACACUCUUGGUAAACUGAUAGACGACUGGGGUCCCUUUCUAAACGUAAUAUUUCUAUUACGCCACAAACCACCCAUGCCACCACCACGUGAUUUUGCUAACAGUAUGUUGUUGGGUGUUUUGGAGGGGGGAGGGGGGGGGGGGGGGGUGGCAAUAUAUAAUAGAUUAACACACGCACGCGCACACAUCAGUAGCCAAACAAGAUCAUGACUUUGGUUUUAAAAAAUGACCUUGUGGGAUAUGUAACGUCUCUCUCCUCCCGCAUAUUAUGUAUUUGAUAUCCAGCGACUUAACGCCCAACACAUACCGAAGCUGGGUCUGUGUCUGGGUAAUGUGGCAGAGAUGGGUGUAUUUUGACGCCUGGGUCUUCACUGUGUCGUGUUUUCAAUAUAACUGACUGCGUUCAUAUCUUUUGAUAUAUGUUCUUCUAUAAACAUCAACAAUAAUGACAAGUAUUCCACAUUGUUUAAUAUAUAUUUUUCCUGUUGGGUAUUAAGACAAAAUUAAAAUAAUAAAGCUCGAACAUUGCGCAGCUGCCAGUCUGACGGUGUUAAAGAUAGCGCAUGUUCUAUGACGUCUGUUGCCAGUUCUGUAGUUGGCGCCAGCACAGACGCGGUGUGUUUUCUCACAUUCGAUUCAAUGCGUUUCAUUUCAGACUUUUACCAUACUCGCUAGAUCCAGACCCAGAUCCAGAUUUAGUGUAUUUUGGGCCUAAAGGUGCCUUAGGAGACACUCCCGACCUUUCGCAAUUUAUUUCUGGACGACGGCAAUUACCGUCGGUGCCGUUGUUAAUUUGGAACCCUGCAACAGCAUACUGAACAUUUUUGCAGCACGAAUGCAAACUAGGAUUUAAAAGUUCAAACUGGCGUUCCUUUCAUCACGCGUCAGAUUGGUGCCACAUGGACAAGCAUAUAGUUUGCAAUGGUAGGCGACUAAAGCAUUGUGCUGUCCUUCAUUUGACUUGCACUUUGAUUUUUAUAAACAAAAAAACCCCGAAUAAAAUACACACGAAUGUAUCUGUGUGGUGCGUGCGUGAACAUAUGUAUCAGGACAGUGUGCAGUUCAUGUUGUUAAACGUCUGUUAAUUGAGAACUAGCAUGGCGACAUUGGAGGGAGGUGGGGUUUGGGUAGUAAAUAAUGUAUUAACGUGACAUGAUUGAAUUAGUGCCUGCAUGUCAAUUUGUCUCACUGCCGGUGGUGAUUGUAGAUGGCAGCACUAUGUUGUACUGCUGUGAUACUGUUCUUGGUAGAGUAUUGUUGGCACAUUUCAGCUCUCCGAUCAUGCUCGGAAGUGAAGGCGUGUAACAGUCAGUACGCAGACGGUGAAUACUGGAUUUACCCGGCUCCUUAUGGAACUACAAAGGUGAAAAUCUACUGUCACGGUAUGGGCAGUGGCUCACCCACUGAGUAUGUGACUCUGGUUGAGAAAAACAAAGGAUUCUACCCGGCUUAUUCCAGUAACGAUUGCAUGACACAACGAGCACUCGGCUAUGACGAGGACUCAGUCUGCUCGGGUGAAGGAGGGGUGACGACCUACCACAAGAUUCGAGUGAAAAUUCAGACAAUGGAAGUGGACCGCAUGGACAACAGCUUUGUAGAACAGGAACUCGCCGUCACGGUACCUUACGGUGAAGCAGCUGAUUGUUACACACGGCAUUAUUUUGGCAACAGGAAUGUCUAUGGACCAGAAGGAUAUUUUCAUAUUGACACAACUGGAACCGGGCUAAUAGUUGACCAAACGCUGACGUUCCCUGUAUUUGGCGACUUUGCAUGGGGUCAGACAAUCCGUAACAAGCAAGGGACGGAAAUAGACUUACUGUGUGGAGGGUUUCCCGGCGGUUGUCGGCCAGUUACACCGAUGAUGUUAAAAGUCGGACCAACUGAACCCUCCAGCGAGAGUGCACGCAAUCCGACGUGUUGAAGCUAGAGUUACGGAGGUUCACAUAGGCAUUUUCUCUAGGUGACUCUUCAAGCCACCAUCCAUCUUGAUAGUUCGCACGAACAUGCCGACUACUUUACACGAACAGAAGAAAAUGUUUUAUUCAACGACGCACUCAACACAUUUUAUUUUUGGUUAUAUGGCGUCGGGCAUAUGAUUAAGGACCACACAUAUAUUGAGAGAGGAAACCCACUGU